AUGGAGGCCGGUUGUCACACGUACAACAUCGACAUAGAGGCCGAGGAUUCAGAGGAAAAGAAUGAGGGUGAACCAGAGACUCGAAAGAAGACGGUCGCUUCAUUUAAAUGUCAACUAUGCUUUGCACAAAGGUCAUUGGAUGGGCUCCGACGUCUACCAUUGAGAAAAGAAAAAUAUGAGCCGAUUCUUUGGGGAGCAAAUGCUGCAUAUGAGAUUGUAAUGGAUAUCAUGCGCCGCUUGGAGCUUCGUCGAGGAAUUCGAAUCUGUCGAGAGCACUAUCCAACCGAAGCGGAAGCAAAUGUCAUUCCAAAGGCGGAGCGAAUUUACCCGAUACAGUGCAAGUUGUGUGGCAGAAAGAGACCGCCGAUGAUGCUGCGAAAUGUUCCGGCUUGUCUCGAAAAGCGGUCGCUGUUCUACGAUUACGCCCAAGUGCCACCGAAGAAACGGGAAGAAUUUGAUCGGCAUUUUCUGGAGAAACCGCGAGUGAAUCUACUUGUUUGUGUCAAUCAUUUUCCUUUUCCGAAAAGGGAGGUUAAAGCGACUCUUCGAUCAGCGAUCGGUUUUACCGAAAACAGACAAUUGAGAAGAAUACUAAAAGAUGGAGCAUCUACGUCAAAUGCGAAUGAAAAUAAAAAGAAAACUAAGAGUAGUUCCCUUGUACGAUGUCACUGGUGUAAUGAGUCACACAAGCCGAAAGAUCUACGCAAAUUUCCCGAUUAUCCGCCUGCACAACAAGAAUUCUUCGAAUUGAAUCGAGUUUCUGAAGAUCGUCGAAGUGAGAUUCUCAACUUGCAACAAGAGCGGAUGUAUGGGUUAAAGAUGUGCUAUUCGCAUUUCCCAAAAGCAUGGGCUCGAGCUCGUGGUCGCUUUUGGUAUCGACUUUAUUUUGGAGAAAAGAGUCAGAAAGCGGUAAAGGUUGAUGCCAAAGAAAUCAAUAUCAGCGUGACAAAUUGUGAGGAGCUCCCAUCCACUUCUUCAGCGCACAACGAACUUCUGAGACAACGAUAUCCGAUUGAGGACGAGGAAAGUGAUGUUUUGCAAGAAGAAGACGAGGAAAUCGAUGUCGAAGGGGAGGGUUGUGAUGAAUGCCCACAUUCGAGGACAUGUCUUGUUGUGGAUGCAGCCCAAACAUUGUGCCAACUAGGUUCUCCCCGUCUUCCUCACCCAUCUCCACAACAUGCGUCCCUUCAGCCGCUUCAACCACUUCAACCACUUCCACCCAUGUUGCUCAAAUGGGCAACAACAUUUUUAUUGUUUAGCCUCGUCUUCUCGUCGAAUUGUGAUUACAAAGAUCUAACGGAGGAACGCCAAAUCUCGGCUUCUCGUGGCGGACUGAAACAGUGGCAUUCAUCAGCGCUUCCCUAUCGUUUAAGACACAUUUUCACGGACAUCGUGCUUGAUUUGAAAAGCGACAAUUUAGCCGGCCUUAAAGUUUAUUUGGGUGAAAACUGCACAGCCGUCCAAAAGGCUUACAAUGAGGAUAACGCGUAUUUUGGCUAUUUUUCUGCUCCACAGUGGUUUCGCUCAAAUCGCUUUUUGCCGAUUUUCAACGAUACAUUUAUUGGAAUCGAUGCCGACAAUAGCUACGAAAUUUCUCGUCAUGUAGAACUUUUCAAUUCUUAUCGAUGGAUUCCCUUUGUGGUGGCGCUUUUCUUCUUCUACUUUGCCCCAACUCUUGUUCGUCAAGCUGGAUUUUACUAUGCAGGAGGUGUAUCUACUGGCCUUGUUGCUUCCGUCUUGAUCAUAGCUAUCAUUGUUUAUCGAUUAGCACCAAAGAAAGUGAUCGGAAUUCCGAUAAUUUUGGGCGGUUGGACGGCCACCGGUUACAUGUUGCAGUUCGCGUAUGGGAAUUUUACUUGGUUAAUGGACGCAUAUCGAUCGUAUGUGAUUGGAUAUUUUGCUAUCUGGGUAAUCGGUACUCUAGCCUAUUGUUAUCGAAGUGGUCCACCGACGGAUAUUCGCUCGUUUAACAUGCUUCAAUGGGGUCUUCAAGCGACUGCGUGUCUGGCUAUCUAUUUUUCUAUUCAAUUGGUAGAGGUAUCAUUCGCUCUCAUCACAUUGUUGAUUCUUGGAAGUUUUUUCCCGAAAGUCAAAAAUAUUGUUUUUCUACCAUUUACGAUACUCAACUGGUUUUUGGGCUUUAUUGGUUUAAAUUAUGACCGUGUUCCUCGUAGGCACUUCUUGACGGAAGAAGAAUACGUUCAACAGACUAAAGAAACAACGGAGAAGGAAUUGCGUAAGUUGCGCGAUUAUUGCAAGAGUCCAAAUGCCGAUUGGAGACGUAUAAGUCAACAUGUUUCAAACCCAAAAAAACUUGCACGUUUCGCCGACGGUCUUGAUGAGCAUGUGACUUCUAGUGAACGACGUCAACACAGUCUGGAACCUGAAUACAGUGAAGAUGACAAUGAUGUCUUAUUCAGCGACGAUGAUUCAACUGAAACGAGGUCGCUUGCGGGAAAAGAUGCACGUUCGUCGAGUUCUCGCUCAAUUCAUACACCCUCAGAAGGAAAUAUUUCACUACGGAACCGAAUACUUCGAAGAAAUGCCACCACGAGCUCCCGAGCUCCGCUAAAAGACGCUGAUCAUUCAAUUCGAAAUGCAGUGAGACGCUCAUUACCUGUUCAUCAUCUUGGCCAUGAAGAGUUGAAGGAGGCCGAGAUUUCACUUUUGCGAGAACUUGAGUCUGUUCGUCGGCAAAAACUUCUCAAUUCGUCUAGAGUCUCUCAACAAGCAAAAACAAAUGACCCAUAUUUGGACGAGGAUGAGGAUAUGGAAGAUGAAGAUAAUGAAUCGUUUCUG